GCCGCGGCCGGGGCGGGCAGCGCCGGUGCCGCCGGGGCGAUGGCGGCGCCUCUGAGAGACCGGUUGGGUUUCCUGAGCCGGCUGCCGGUGCUGCUCAGGGCCACGGCGGACGACGACGUUCCCUGCCCCGGGUACCUGCUGGAGGAGAUCGCCAAGAUCUCCCAGGAGUCUCCCGGCAGCUGCCAGUGCCUGCUGGAGUGUCUCCUCGGCCGGCUGCGCAGCAGCUCCUGCCGCGUCAAGCUGAAGGUGCUGAAGAUCUUGCUGCACACGUGUGCCCAGGGCUGCCCCCAGUUCGUCCAGCAGCUGAAGAGGAACGCCGGCUUCGUCCGGGAGGCAGCGGCGUUUUCCGGGCCCCCAGACCCGCUGCAUGGAAACAGCUUGAACCAGAAGGUCCGGGCGGCCGCGCAGGACUUGGCCAGCCUUCUCUUUUCGGAUGUGCCGCUGACCCCUCCUGCCGCGCUGCCGGCGCGUCCCGUCCCUCCCGCCGGCAUGGGCUCCAGCCCCAGCCCCGGUGGCUCCUUGCAAGGAUUCGGCUUCAGCAGUGAGAAGAGCAGCUCCGGCUCAGCAGGGGAAGCCCUGCUCAGCACCAUCCAGCGUGCAGCUGAAGUGGUGGCCCAGGCUGUGCUGCCCUGCCCCGAGGGGCCCCGGCCUCUCCGUGGGGAGCUCCUCCAGGAUUCCUACCAGCCCGUGAGAGCCCCUUCUCCCACCAGGAGUCUGGCUGGGACCAUGAAGCCACCAGCAGCCACCACAGCCCACAGCACCCGAGUCAGUCACCAGCCAGGGCUGGCUGGGGGCGGCUGGGAGGAGGUGGACAGUGGGCACAGCUCCCAGGACUCCUCCCAGGGGAACGGUGACUUGAGCAGAACCUCAGACUCCUGCAGCAAAUCGGGCAGUGACAGCCACUCCGGGGCCAGCCGGGAGCUGAGCCAGGUGGCUGAGAGGGGGGAUGCUGACAGCCCCGGUGACUGCGUGCGGGAGGUGAGCCUGGUGUCAGCGCUGACCCGUGGGCCCAGGGUCUUCCUCACCAGGGAGGAAGCACAGCACUUCAUCAAGGAGUGUGGGCUCCUGAACUGCGAGGUGGUGCUGGAGCUGCUGAGCCGGGCGCUGCAGGACCCCAGCGACAGCGUCCGCAUGAGAUCCAUGGGUGCCAUCUCCUCCCUCGGCUGCUCCGACCUGCUCCCCCUCGACCAGAUCUUUGCUGUCACCCGGCGGCAGCUGCAGCAGCUCAGCCGAGGCAGCCCCGGCCCCGUCGCCAACCGAGCCACCAAGCUCCUGCGGCAGUUGGAGGCUCUUUGCAGCCAUCAGUCCUCCCCCGGGAGCUCCCGCCUGGGCUCGCACCUCGCUGUGGGCUCAGCCCCUGGCCCCGGGGACCUGCUGACGGACACGCCCCCCCCAGCAGGACACAGCGUCCUCACCCCCCUCAGCCCAGCCCCCCGCCCCGCGGCCACCCCGGGCCAGGAGACCCCCGGGGGGCCGGGGGCGGCGGUGCCAGCCUGGCCCCGUGAGCCCGAGGUGGCCAGGGGGCUGGCAGGGGCUCCGGCCCCCUCCCUGUCCCUCUUUGCCGGGAUGGAGCUGGUGGCGCGUCCCGGGGCCGUGCCGGGCCUGGAAUCUCCGCCGGGAAAGCCGCAGCCCCUGCCCCGGCGGCAGGACGGGCAGGGGGGCCCGGGGGGCAGCCCCCAGUCCUCGGCCUUCGCCUUCCUCAACGUGUAGCUCCCGGGGGGCUGCGGGGGGUUCCCCACCUCCUGCCCCGUUCCCCCCGUCAGCUCCUCCACCCUGCACCCCACUCUGCCCCACACCUCCCCUCCCGUGGGGUGAGGGAAGAGGGUGGUUGGAGGGACACAGCGUGGGAAGUGACUGUGGGGGCCAGGGCUUGGGCACGGUUGUCGUGCCCUGAGGGGGCUUUUUGGCCAAAUUUCCCCAUUUCUGGGAGUUUCUGUGCCCUUCUGCCAGCACCCCCCACGCAGCUGGGCUGAGGGGGGGAUCAGCCAGUGCCUGCUGGGGGGUGGCUUAGGGACCCCAGACGUGGGGUGCCCCACGGCCCCGAAGGGGAGACA